GGAGACGGAACCAAAAGGUGGGUGAUGAACCAAGAGUCAAGUGUCGACUCGAGGACAUACUCGAAACUACACAUCGCAACAUGAUGGAGAUGUCCUCUCAAAUGAAGCGCCAGCGUGCUGUCGAUGGUGGUGACAUGGAUGCAGUGGAGGCUCUGAUGGCCAUGACCAAGCACUGGAAGAGCCAAAGCUUCAAGAUGAGACAUUCCAGACCCCUCACUCCUCCAUCAGACUGCUCAGAGGACGACUCUGCGCUUCCUGGGUCCAACCCGGAUCCUCCUCCGUGCAUAACGCCGCCCUGCAGCCCACCGAUUGAAGACACUAUCCACUCAACGCUGUCCUUCUGUCGCCCAGAAGGCGAGACACCAGCUCCUGUCACCCAGCACCAGUUUCAAUGCACCAGUGUCAUCCGGCACACUGCGGAUGGUCAGCGACAUGGCUGUAAUGUUCAGUCGAAAGACAGACCCACGGACUGUAAACCAGAUGAUGUCAUGAGGCAGGCCACUGAGAAUUUGCCAAACCCAUCCAAAGCUAGCCAGAUAAUUCAUCCAGGUUUGAAGUGCCACAGCGCCGGCGCCUCUGAAACCAGCAUUGCUGGAGUUUCUUCCACCCUUUUCCACGACAAUAUUCUCCCUGCCUCAGAAACCUGUAUCGGAGAAAGGAAAGUAUCGCGGUCGCCCACACAGAUGGUCCCACCUGUGAGCCUCACUGCUUACACACACCUGCAGAAGCAAACACGUCUACCCACACAAGUGUUUCUCCUCAGUAGUCCUGCAUCACCAGCUCCUGUCGUGUUUCUUGUUCCUCAACCCAACCUGCAAGUUCAGAUUCCAUCAGCGACCCCUGGCGGCAAUAGGUUAGCAGCCAUUGCACCAGCUCCUGUGUGUGGAUUGUUGAAAAAAACUAGUGUCACCCCAAAAUUGAAAGCAUCACGUGUACGCAGCCACAUUUGUCCGUAUGCAGAGUGUGUUAAGACCUACUUCAAGAGUUCGCAUCUGAAGGCACACUUGAGGACACACACAGGUGAGAAGCCCUUCCGAUGUCAGUGGGCAGGAUGUGAGAGAGAGUUCUCCCGCUCCGAUGAGCUGUCCCGCCACCGCAGAACUCACACAGGAGAGAAGAGGUUCGCCUGUCCAGCGUGCCCGUGCCGUUUCAUGCGUAGCGACCACCUCGCCAAACAUGCACGCCGACACAUACUAAAAUAACUAAUCCCUCUAAUUUCUGAGUAACAGCGUGUUAUACAUACGCAUAAACUGAAAUAGACGUCUUAUGCUUUUCUCAUUGAAUCGAACUAAUAGUCGUAACAUAUUCUAAAGUGUAUCAUGCACUACAUAAACGUAAUUCUAAUCCGUUCCUGAGUCGUGUUAUAAAUAGCUCUGUAAAUAUUUGUCAUACGGUGGAAUAAAUAAAACAAAAGACAUGCUGCUGGACUCUGGUGAUUCCAUUUUUUAUGUGAUAGGCAGUAUUUUAUUUGCAGAUCAUGGUGCUCGGAUUAUUAUUUUGUAUGGUGACUUUUCACACGCAGCUGGAGUGGAUGCACAGGCAGCAGGGAAUCAUUAAAGGUUGUUGAAUAUU